AAAAAGUUAUCAGAGAGAUCCGAGACAGAAAACCAGAUCCACCGACACCACAACGUAAAAUGUCGACUCCGACAGCCCCGCCGAUCCUCCCGGUAUCCACAACCGCAACAGCCACUGCCGCCGGCGGAGGGACGGCUCAGUCCCAGGCCCCGAUCGCUACCCCGGCCUUCCGCGCAUUCAUCAACAACAUCUACGACACCUGCCGCAACGGCCUCGCCCAGCGCCGCCCCUGGUCCGAGCUCCUCGACCGAUCUGCCUUCUCCAAGCCGGAAUCGUUCUCCGACGCCACCGUCCGCGUCCGUAAGAACUACUCCUACUUCCGCGUCAACUACCUCGCCGUCCUCGCCCUCACCGUCGCCGUCUCCCUCGUCACCCACCCGUUCUCCCUCUUCGUCCUCCUCGGCCUCCUCGCCGCCUGGCUCUUCCUCUACCUCUUCCGCCCCUCCGAUCAGCCUCUCGUCAUCUUCGGCCGCACAUACUCCGACACCCAGACCCUCUGGGGCCUCAUCGCCCUCUCCGUCUUCGUCGUCUUCCUCACAUCCGUCGGAUCCGUCCUCAUCUCCGCUCUUGCCAUCGGUGUUGCAGUUGUCUUCGCUCACGGCGCCUUUAGAGUUCCCGAGGACCUCUUCCUCGACGAGCAAGAGCCUUCCGCCUCCACUGGCUUCCUCUCCUUCCUCAACAACGCCGCAUCCAAUGUCGCUGUUGCCACAUCCCCAGCCGUCGUCGCCGCCGCUCGCGGUUGAUCUGAUCUACGUCCCCACAUUGUGAUUGGAUAGCGCACAAGACGAUGAUGGUACAAUAAAUUUGAAGCAUUUGUUCUAUAAAUAUAUAUGUAGGGUGAAUUUUCUUGGCGAAUUUGUAUGGAUCUGUGUACCUUCUUCGUUCUGAUUUAGAUAGAAAAUUCAUGUUUUUUGAUGGUUCUUGGUAUAUCUAUCAAUCAAACUUUUGUCCCUUCGUUUCUUCAUUUGGUUUUGUUAAAUACAAUUUGUAAUUGCUACAGAUCUAUGAUAUAGUUCAUUCUUUUUGGCA